AUGAUUUCUGAAACGUUGUACAAAAUCCCAAACCAAGGAUCAGUCUCGGAAGUCCCACUUAAUCUGGAAAUAAGCCCCAUAAGCAUGAUGAAGUGGCAACUGUUUCAGCAAGUCGAUCAGUCUUUCCAGAUGCAGCGUAGCUAUGGAAGCAUGCUUGAUGGUGAAUCUGACGAAUUAAAGAGGGUGUUUUUGGAAGGCAAUCCCUAUCUAUUGGGCAUCACGAUGUGUGUUUCGAUGCUUCACUCUGUGUUUGACUUCUUAGCAUUCAAAAAUGAUAUCCAGUUCUGGAACAAAAACAAAUCUAUGGAAGGACUCUCUGCGAAGUCUGUUGUACUGAACUUCAUCUGUCAGUUUGUCAUCUUCCUCUACCUGCUUGACAACCACACCUCAUGGAUGAUACUGGCUAGUUCCGGAGUUGGCGUCUGCAUUGAGUUCUGGAAGAUAGGGAAAGCCAUGCGAAUAGAGGUUGAUAGAAGUGGAAUGAUUCCACGGUUGAGGUUCCACGACCGUGAGUCCUAUGCAAGCAACAAGACCAAAGAGUAUGAUGACAUUGCCAUCAAAUUCUUAUCUUAUGUGCUGGGAUUAUCGAUAUACUCUCUCGCUUACGAGCGCCACAAGAGCUGGUAUUCAUGGAUCUUGUCUUCAUUAACAAGCUGUGUCUACAUGUUCGGUUUCAUCAUGAUGUGUCCUCAGCUAUUCAUCAACUAUAAGCUAAAGUCAGUGGCGCAUUUACCAUGGAGACAGAUGACUUACAAGUUCCUCAACACCAUUAUUGAUGAUCUCUUUGCCUUUGUCAUCAAAAUGCCGAUUCUGCAUCGGCUCUCUGUGUUCCGUGAUGAUGUGAUAUUCUUGAUAUACUUAUACCAAAGGUGGGUUUACCCUGUGGGCAAGACACGUGUUAACGAGUUCGGUUUUGGAGGUGAAGACGAGACUGCAGAGAAGAAGUUGAUCACUGAGAAACAAGAAGAAGAAGAAGACAACAAGAAGACAAACUAAGUUUUUUUUUCUCUCUUCCUCCUUUAUUUUUUUAACUUUUAUACCACUUUUUAAACUCUGAUUUUGUAACACUUAAGUUAUAGUUUCUUAAUUUUUUUUUUUUUAAUGUCAACUCUCGAGACGCAUUAAAUAUUUUACUCAAACUUUUAAUGGUUUUGUUUGAAGUUAUUAAUGUCAACUUUUUAC